UUAAACACUCGAUUGUUGAUCAGAGGGUUUUAAUUUCGCUAUUUUCAGCGCCAUCUCCCAAAUAGUGCCACCAUGGUGCGUCGUUGAAAGUCCGGCAUGAAUGUUCAGUUUACAUAGUAGAGGUUAUGAACGUCAUUUAAACAAUUGGAUCAUAAUUUUUUACAUGAGAUAUAUUUGCAUAGUGUUAUUUAGAUUGUCCACUGAUCUGUGUAGGUAGAUUGAUGUGUGUGCUUUGGACGGUAUGAGACGGGUUUUUUUGUGAUUUUGUGGUGUGUUAAGUGACAAAAUAUGAAACUGGUCAAGCCGAAUUGGGUUACCCACGAUGAAUAUCCGAUAUUCUCAGUGGAUAUUCAUCCCGAUGGCAAGAGGUUCGCCACAGGUGGUCAAGGGGGAGAUUCUGGAAGAGUUGUCAUAUGGAAUAUGGAGCCGAUAAAGAAUGAGGGUGCAGAAUUGGAUCAGAAUGUUCCAAAGAUGCUGUGCCAACUCGACAAUCAUCUCGCCUGCGUCAACUGCGUGCGAUGGAGUGCGAACGGUCUCCUCGCGUCAGGAGGUGACGACAAAGUCAUAAUGAUCUGGAGACUAGCAGGAAGCGGUGGAGGAAGCACGAUUUUCGGUGGCAAGGCAGGUGUGGAGAACUGGAGGUGCAUUGCUACCCUCAGGUGUCACGAGGGUGACGUUCUGGACCUUGCCUGGGCUCCACACAGUCCCUGGCUAGCGUCAGCAUCAGUGGACAACAGUGUCAUCGUCUGGGACGCCUCAAAGUUUCCAGCAAUUGUCGCUAUAUUGAAGGGCCACACUGGUCUCGUUAAAGGGGUCACCUGGGACCCCGUGGGAAAGUAUCUGGCGUCGCAGUCGGACGACAAAACCCUCAGGGUUUGGAGGACGACUGAUUGGGGGGAGGCCACCCUCAUCUCCGAACCUUUUGAGGAUUGUGGGGGGACUACACAUGUUUUGAGACUGUCGUGGAGUCCUGAUGGACAGUAUCUAGUCUCGGCUCAUGCUAUGAAUGGCGGAGGACCCACUGCUCAGAUCAUCGAGAGGGAUGGCUGGACACAGGAUAAGGACUUUGUCGGCCACAGGAAAGCUGUCACUUGUGUGAGAUUCAAUGGGAAUAUACUGAAGAAGAAACAGCCAGGGUCAUCAAAGCCUCAACAGUAUUGUUGCGUCGCAAUUGGAUCGCGAGAUCGAUCCCUCUCUGUCUGGUUGACGUCUCUGAAGAGGCCACUGGUUGUCAUCCACGAAUUGUUCACUCAUUCCGUGCUUGAUCUCAGCUGGUCUCCCUGUGGAUUUCGGUUGGCAGCUUGCUCCUGGGAUGGAACUGUCGCUUUUGUCGAAUUCACACAGCAGGAGUUGGGUCAACCCCUCGAUCCUGCAGAACAAUGCACCCUUCAUGAACGUUUAUACGGCAAGCCUCUAUCGUCUCAAAGUGGUUGCACAGUAAUGGAAGCCCCAGUACUCCUGAACCUAAAGCCACCUACAUCAAGCAUGUCACCACAGCCAGUGGCAAAUGCAACUACAGUUCAACCAGUGGUAAAUGGAAUCACCACACCAACAUCUUCUGUUCCAACUACUCCAGUCAAAGGGCCCAUCAACAAACAGAUAGAGACGAGAACCUCUGAUGGAAGGAGGAGGAUCACACCCAUGUUCAUACCACCACCAGCUGAUUCCAUGGACACGUCAAUUCAGAACGAAACUCCAGCCUUCAAGGGCACCCCCACGUUCUCCAGUACAUCACAAACAAAAUCAUCGAUAAUAAUCGAGAAACGAGAUGACGUGGUAGCCCCAAACGUCACGACAACAGCCUCGACAGUCUCCUCGACACCAGGAUCCUCCCUGACCCUGAAGAAACGUGACCAGUUAACCCCGAGACCUCACCACCAUCAUCAUCAUCACCACUCGUCCCAGAGUAAAAAGCCGAAACUGCUGGAGAAAGUUGGGGGCUACGUACUUCCAGCACUGAAGCCAGUGAGCUCGUUAUCUCAACAGGCAGCUCAUUACGCAGUGACUGUGACGAAUAAUCAGAGCCUAGCUCAUCUUCAAGUCUUUCGUGGGACUGAUUCUGAGCCCACGUGGGAUCUUUAUUUGGGAUACAGCGCAGUUGCUCUGACAGCCUCAGCAGCAGUGAUUGCAAUAGGUCUUGAGGAUGGCAGUAUACAUACAUUCGACCCCACCAAGGGCUGCAGGCCAGCCCCUCCUCUAGCCCCACCAGCCCCACUCGCCAGGGUGCAUGCUGUGGGAACCAAUGUCAUGGUGAUUUCCUCAUGUGGAGCUGUCAGGGUCUGGGAGAUCGGGACUGCCUGUAAAUUAAUUGUCUCUACCUCUGCAAGCCAUCUCUGUGCCUCGGGGGCUUCUCUCCUCUCUUGCAGUAUUUACAAUGGAAUGCCUCAUCUUGGCUUCACAAAUGCACGAGCGUACAUUUAUAAUAAGGAAAUGGGGACUUGGCUGCUGGUCGGUGACAGUCAGGAUCCAGUUUGGAGAUGGUCAGCUCAGAGUGCAUCGACAGUGUCUGGGGGCAGGGCACCUCGGGGCCCUCUUUCGUCGCUUCAGGAAGGUUUGAAUAGAACUGCCAGUGGAACCAUGCCCACCCCACGUCCUCCACAUAAUGGCCCAAGUGUUGUCUCCUAUCUGGAGCAACAGGUGCUCGCUGCCAAGGCUCUCGGGAGCCUCCAGGAAUACGUUCACUGGUUCAUGGCGUUAAUUUCAUUCCUUCUCACUCAAGAUGGACUCGAAAGACGACUGAGAAUAAUUCUGGAUGAUUUGUUGGGCCCCAGUCACAGUUCAGCAUCCAAAAGCACCUGGGACCCAAUGAUCCUCGGCAUGAGAAAACACAAACUCCUCGGUGACGCCCUGAAAGUCAUCGGCGGCCACCUCAGAUGGCAGAGAUUGUACCUAGAGUAUUCCGAACAAUUAACAACGCUCAAGAUCCAAAAUUAGGUUUACAGAACUUUUCUAUUCACCCGAAGUAACAGAUGAAAAAAAAAUUCAAACUAUUUUUUACUACAACUGUAUCAUACUUUUUCUACAGAAAAAAAAACAUCGAAGAGACUGUACAAAAUUUUUUUUCUUUUUUUUAUUCUGUGUGAUAAUUAAAUUAUUGUAUAGCAGUCAGCUGUAAAAUAUGUAAGUCUUAUUUUUUUCUCUUGAGGAAUAAGAAAAAUGAAGUGAAGAUUAAGAGAUAAAGAGAUAAAGA